AUGCAGAGAGCGGUGCUACUGCUCUGUUGGCUGCCGCUCCUCAACCACUGCCACGCCGUACAUCCAGGUUGCUCCUGCGUUGUCUACAGCAGCUCGGACAAACCUCAAGGUGGCACAUUUACAUCCCCUUAUUAUCCCAAGCAAUAUCCAUCGAAUAUCGAUUGCCUGCUUUACACGUUCAUCGGUCAACCUGAUGAAAUCGUCGAGCUAUCAUUUCAUCACUUCAAUAUCCGUCGUACGCGACCCAAUUGCGUGGGUGGCGAUUUUCUAAAAGUGUUUCUACAUUUGGAGACCACGGGAGUUUCCGAGUACACACCGUGGUCGGGUGUGCUUUGCGGGGAACUGAACGACAUCCCGCAAAUUCUGUACAGUUCAAGAUCGACGCUUAUUUUGGAGUUUCACACCCAGGAGCCUCCGUCGAAUGCGUCCGGAUUUUUCGGAAAUUUUCGCUUCAUCGACAGACGGCUCUUCGAGACGGACGGCGUGUUGACUCCUGGCACGAUGUGCGACCUCGAGUUUGUCAGUUCACAGUCAACACCGCAGUACGGACGAUUCUACUCGCCACGUUACCCGUCCUCUUACCCAAAGAACAUCCGGUGCUCGUACCUCUUCCGGGCAAGGUUAAAAGAGAGGAUACGAUUAGUCUUCGAGGAAAUCUCUCUACAGAAAGGAGACCUAAGUUGUCUGAACAGGGCGGAUUUAAUCAGAGUGCACGAUGGAACGGAUACGGGGGCUCCCGCAAUAGCUGUACUCUGCAACCAUGGAACGGAAGUGGAAGUACUCAGCACGGGGCCAGACCUUUACGUCGAGUUCGUCGCCAAUUCUGAGUGGCCGGGCCAGGGAUUCAAGGCGAUGUUCCAAUUCCAGCCAGUGGACGAUGCACCACAUCCUGAGCUGGACAAGGUCAUCCCUGGGGCCGUUACCGGCAACCCCAAGUACUCGGUCAUCGGACCAGCUGUCAGCGCUACCAGCACGGUAUAA